AUGGAGGUGUUAGAGGAGCACUUGGGUUCUUUUCGUUAUGAGAUGGUGGCUUUGACUGGGACACGCUCACUAACCUUCAGGGAGUUCCAAGAAUAUGGGCCUCCAGAUUACUACGGGGAGAAGGACCCGAUCGCGAGUAGGAAUUGGUUAACGGAUGUUGUUAAUGCCUUUUGCAUUAACAGUUGUCGCGAUGGGGAAAAGUUCAUACUUGCUUCCAGUCUUCUGAAAGAUAGAGCUCAAGAAUGGUUAGAGGAGGUUAGGUGCUCCGUUGGUGAUAAGUUAAAUUUUGAUAUGAAGAGGCCAAAACUCGACACAGCUUCUGCAGCUGUAGCUCCACAGGAUGUUGAACUUGAAGAAUCUGAUGACAUUGAUGUAGUGGAGAUAGAUGUUAAAAUAGAAGGUGAAGAAGAGGAUGUAAAAGUGGAAAGAGAAAGGUGGUCUGAGGUUUGGAAAGUUUUUACUAGACUUCCAAUUAGUAAAGAUGGCAGGGAAAGGGCGGAAUGUAAUCAGUGCAAAAAAAGAUACAUCUGUGAAACUAGGACUGGUACGGGUAGCAUGCGAAAACACAUCACAAAGUGUCCUAAAAGGGAUAAAGUCAGAUUUCGUGAACUUCUUAGUGAAGCUAUUGUCAAGCAUGACCUUCCGUUUAAAUUUGUAGAGUACGAGGGAAUUAGAGAAAUCUUCCAGUACUUGAAUGAAAAAGUUAUCACCAUUACUAGAAACACUGCUAAAGAUGAUGUGUUGAAUUUGUUUAAAAGAGAAAAGUUGAAACUUAAGAAUCUGUUUGAGUUACUUCCUGGUAGGAUUUUAUUAACUGCUGAUUUGUGGUGUUCAAUUAAUACAGAUGGUUUUUUAUGUGUUACAUCUCACUUCAUUGACAUGGAGUGGAAGUUGCAAAAGAGAGUUUUAAGUUUUCAAUAUAUGCCACCUCCACACAAUGGUGUAUGCUUAACAGAAACAAUAUCUAGUAUAUUGUCCGAUUGGGGGAUUGAUAAAAAGUUGUUUACAAUAACGUUAGAUAAUGCUUCUAGUAAUGAUACUUUUGUCAAUCUCCUAAAAGGCCAAUUAUGCAAUGAAGGUGCAUUUCGUAGUGAUGGAGAUUAUUUUCAUGUUCGAUGUUGUGCUCAUGUGUUGAAUUUAGUUGUUCAAGAUGGAUUGAAGGCUAUUGAUGAAGGCAUUGUCAAAGUGAGAGAAUCAAUUAAGUACGUGAAGGGUUCCCAAGUACGAAAAACUAACUUUAUGAAUGUUGUGAAGCAAGUCAAUUUGAUUCCAAAAAAAGGCUUGCAACAAGAUGUUCCCACUAGAUGGAAUGCUACAUUUCUUAUGAUCGAAAGUGCUAUUUUUUAUCGUCGUGCUUUUUUCCGAUUAGCACUAAUGGAUUCUAAUUAUUUGGAUUGUCCAAGUAAUGAGGAAUGGGGUAAAUUGGAAAAGAUUUUCAGAUUCUUGGAAGUAUUUUAUGAAGUUACAUGCAUUUUUUCUGGAAAUAAAUAUUGCACAUCAAACUUAUAUUUUCCUUUGGUUUCGACGGUUGAAAGAACUUUGAGAGAAGAAAUGAAAAGUUCAGAUAAGUUUAUGAAGAAUAUGGCUGGCCAAAUGUAUGCAAAGUUCUCAAAAUAUUGGUCUGAGUAUAGUCCUAUUUUGGCGAUGGCUGCGGUGUUGGAUCCACGAUAUAAGAUGCAAUAUGUUGAGUUUACUUACAAAAAACUCUAUGGAAGUAAUUUUCGUGAGCAUAGUGAUCGUGUUCGGGAGAAGUUACAUGAUCUCUUUAGUGAAUAUGUUACUGGAUUGCCUUACAAAACAUCAACUAUAUCAACAAGUGAUUCAUGCAAGAGUGUCAACAAAAAGAAUGACACAAUACUUAGCAAAAGCACAAGAGAAAUGCUACAGGAGUUCACAGUUUAUGAAACUAAGGAGUUCGCAUUGUCUCAAAAAUCACAAUUGGAGAUGUACCUAGAUGAGCCAAGAAGUGAUAUUACAGAAGAUAUAAAUGUUCUUUCAUUUUGGAAAGCUCAUCAAUAUCGUUAUCCGGAACUCGCUUCCAUGGCUCGGGAUAUUUUAAGCAUCCCUGUUUCCACUGUAGCAUCCGAGUCAGCUUUUAGUAAUGGUGGUCGUGUUCUUGAUAAAUUUCGAAGUUCGUUGGCACAUAAAAAUGUUGAAGCUAUAAUUUGUGCAAAAGAUUGGUUGUUUGGGAUUUCAGGUGAUGAAGAGUUGUGUUUACAAGAUCUUACAGAAGAUAUUAUGGAAUUGGAUAGCAAGGGAAGUGAUACACAUGAAGCGAUGGAAUGA